AUGCGUGACUGUUGGCCAAAUCGUUUAAAGUUAACUCGACAAAUAAUGUGGAAAAUAAGUUGCCUGGUAUUUAUUUUUCCGGCGCUGUGCCAAUCAAAUUACACGCGGAUUAGCAGCAAACCAAGCAGUAUUAUUUUUAAAUACCUCGAAGGUACUACUGGGGAGUUGACUUUAGAUGAAUGUGGAAAAGAUCAGGUUUGCAAUGUUGUACAUCGACGUUUCUGGAUGCCUAAUUUGGCAGAAAGACUCUGUCGAUGUCCCAAUGGAGAAGAAUGUCCUUGGUCUGAAGAAACUGACAACUCAUCGAUAGUUCUUAACAACCGAUCUAUUUUAAAAUUUUGUCAACCAAUUACUGAAAAACAACUCUGUAAACCGAGACAAAUAGCUGCUGUAGUACGUGGAGUAAUAAAUGAUGAAAAUACUCAUAUGAUUCCCCAAAAUGUCACGGUCAAUUGUAUAUGCCCUUCAACUCAUUAUUGGAGAUUAAAAAAAUACGAGUUUGAUGAAAAUCAACUUUACCAAGCAUACAAAUGCUCGCAACAAAGAAUUUGCUACAGUUAUGAAUUUUGUGGCUUUGUACGGCCAGAUUUCUACUCAAUUUACUAUCGAUGUUCCUGCCCGAAGGGUAAUUUGUGUAUUACCGAGUACAAAGAAUCAGACCAGGUCCAAGAAUUUAUGUACUUAGGGAUUGCUUACAAAGCUCACUGUGAUCCAUGGAAUAAAACCAGCAGAAUAUACUAA